AUGGAAGUUGUUGCUAUCAAAGAACCUCAAGAUAUCAUCAAAUGCUUUGAUGCUUAUAAAGAACUUCGACCACACUUAGUAGAUGCAGAAUCAUUUGUUAAUCAAGUUAUCCAACAACAGAAAGAAGGCUAUACCAUAGGUGCCAUUUUCGAUCAAGACGAUCCCAAUGCAGCCGCUGCGGUCAUUGGUUAUCGUGAUAUGACCACUCUUGCAUGGGGAAAAUGUAUUUAUAUUGAUGAUUUAUCAACGCGUUCUGUUCAUCGUCAGAAAGGCUAUGGCAGUACACUACUUCAACAUGUAAACAAAUUAGCCAAACACCAAGGCUAUGCCAUGCUUCACCUCGAUACUGGAUACACACGCCAUGACGCUCAUCGUGUCUAUUUACGCAACGGCUUCCAAUUUUCUUAUCAUCAUCUUAGCUUGCAAUAUUAA